AUGCACUUUCAAAAUAUCAUCAAGAUCGCAGUUCUGGCACUGCCAUUUGUCAACGCCUCCCCAAUUGCCAGCGGCCAUGAAGUCCGUGAGGCUCACGUCGAUGCUUUGGUUGAUCGAUCAACGCUUUGCUAUGUCAACAGCAAGCGGUCUGCGGAAGCACAUCCAGAAUGCAAGCGCAUCGCCGAACCAUCUCCAGGAACGCUCUGCUAUGUCAACAGCAAGCGGUCUGCGGAAGCAAAUCCAGAAUGCAAGCGCAACGCCGAACCAUCUCCAGGAACGCUCUGCUAUGUCAACAGCAAAAGAGCUGCCGAGGCACAUCCAGAAUGCAAGCGCAACGUCGCACCAUCUCCAGAAACGCUCUGA